AUGGACGUUGGCAUUGUCAUUGUCAUUUCUUUGAACGCUCUUGUGAUCGGUAUAAGUGCGGAUAAUCCUGGCAAUGCCGGGCUUUGGGAAGUUCUGGAGCUGGUGUUCUUUACCAUCUAUUUGGCAGAGUGCAUCGUGAAGAAUAUAUGGUGGGGGGUGAGCACUUACUUUUGUGGUGCUGACUGGACGUGGAACUUGUUUGAUUUUUUCUGCUUGCUCUUGUCGGCGGUUGAGCUGCUCCUGAAACUGGCGGCUGGCACUACGGGGGGCAGCCAGCUGAAUCUAUUGAAGGUGCUGAGACUUGCCAGACUUUUUCGCUUAGUACGCAUCAUGCGCUUUAAGAUGUUCAAGGAACUCAAACUUAUGGCGAUGGGCCUUCUUUCUGGCAUUCGGGCAUUGAUAUGGGCGGUUGUUCUGCUGUUGGUCAUCAUCUAUACGGUAAGUAUUAUCACGAAGUCUCUCCUGGAAGACGAGGAAGAGUUCAGCACUGUCGGCGCUGGAAUGUUUACUUUGUUCCGGUGCUUCACCGAAGCAUGCGAGACGUAUAGUGGUGACCCUAUUCCCGAGAGGAUCUAUGCAAAGCUCGGCGGGGAGCAGCAGCUGCUAUUUCAUGCAGCCUACGUCCUUGUGACCAUGAUGAUCACCGUAGGUCUUUUCAACCUUAUCAUGGCGGUGUUCAUAGACAAUGUCACGAAGUCGCAGAACCAGCGCAAGCAGAAAGAGCUUGGUGAAACGGCCAUUGAGACUGAAGUGAAUCUCAAGAUGUUGUUGGCUAGGUGCAUCAACGAACCUUCUGAAGGCAAAUCCUCGUACAUGAUGGAGCGCUUUUCAGAGGAGGUCAGCAAUAAGCUGAACAAUCUAACCGAUGUCGCCAAAAAGCGCCACCAGCUUGAACAGCGGGUCUGCGCGGAUGAAGCGUUCCGACUGCUCAAGGAAUGCAACAUCAACAUCACCAGGGAGAUCUUUCAAGCGUGGCUUCAGGAUCCGGAAUUUGUUCGAGUUUUGGAGGAUGCAGAUGUGGACAUUUCGAACAAGUUUGAACUUUUCAACAUCUUGGAUGUGGACUUGGGCGGUGAGUUGUCGCCACAUGAGCUCCUCACUGGUCUUCUGAGCUUACGCGGUGAUGUGUCUAAAGGUGAUGUCAUUUACAUCCUCCUACGUGUUCGAGAUAUGACUCAUCGAAUGGAACAGUUGCAGUAUGACAUCCGCAACCUUAAAAGUGGAUUGGAUCCAUCGACAGCUCGCUCUUCCUAG